AUGCCAGAAGUUAAAAUAGAAGAAGCGAAGAGAUUUAUGGUUGAAGCCUUGAGGGCUGCAGGAGCACCUCUCAAAGAAGCUGAGGCUCAUGCAGAGCUGCUCUUGCAUGCUGAUGUCGUCGGACAUUAUAGCCAUGGAAUGAACAGACUGGAGCUAUACCUAAACGAUAUGAAGUCAGCUGUUUGUGAUCCGAACGCUAGCCAGGUAAUACUCAAGGAGACAGCAGCCACAGCGUGGGUCGAUGGAUGUAGAGCACUCGGUGCCACUGUUGGCAACUUCUGUAUGAACCUCGCUAUCAAGAAAGCUAAGGAAUGUGGUGUAGGAAUGGUAGCGGUCAAAAACUGUAAUCACUUUGGCAUGGCGGGCUAUUGGGCGCUAAAAGCUGAAAAGGAAGGUCUUAUUGGAAUGUCAUUUACAAAUUCAUCUCCCGCCAUGGUACCAACGAGAGCAAAAAAGAGUGCAUUAGGCACUAAUCCAAUAGCAUUCGCUGCUCCCGCAUCCGAAGGUGAUUCUCUAGUCGUUGACAUGGCUACCACCACUGCCGCUAUGGGAAAGAUUGAAAUGCAGAUUCGUAAGGGAGAGCCGAUUCCAGAAGGUUGGGCCUUGGGUGCUGAUGGUAAAACAACAAAGGAUCCUCAAGAGGCUUUCAACACAGGUCGUUUGAUGCCUCUCGGAGGUUUUGAGUCAACCAGCGGUUACAAGGGAUAUGCGCUGAGUGCAAUGGUCGAGGUUCUAUGUAGCGGACUGUCUGGAUCCAACGCAGCUCACGACGUUCCUGCGUGGACACACACUCAAACGAAGGCUCCUAAUCUCGGGCAAUGCUUCAUGGCGAUUGACCCUUCGUGUUUCGCCCCUGGUUUUAGCGACCGACUUGGCAACUGUUUGGACCAUUGGAGGGAGAUGGAACCCAUGGAUCCCGCAUCACCAGUUCUAGCGCCGGGAGACAAGGAAAAAAUAAACGGAAGUGAAACAGACGAAAGAGGCACCAUAGUAUACCCACAACAACAGAUAGACUCGUACAGAAUAGUGGCUGACAGAAUGGGAAUAACACCUAUGGAAAUUAUUAACAAUUAA